AUGGCGUCAGACAAAGUAUUCCACGCCCGUUCUCAAGGUAUACCUUCCGAGGGUGUAAAAGACCAGUACGCGGAUGGAAAGGCGGCGAGGAUAUGGAAAAAGUAUAUUGGUGACAGCAAUAAACGGACACAAAACUAUCGGGAGUUUCUGACUGGCAUUCUUAAAAAACACGGUUGUGUUAAGGUGCUAGAUGCCGCUUGUGGUACAGGUAUAGACUCCAUGAUGCUGGUCGAAGAAGGUUUUCAAGUCGUGUCUGUGGACGCAUCGGACAAGAUGUUGAAGCACGCGUUGAAAGCUCGCUGGGAGAAACGAAGAGAUCGCAAAUAUGAUGAGUGGAUAAUAGAAGAAGCUAGUUGGGAGACAUUACCAAAAGAUGUUGAAUCAUUUUUACCUGGUGAAAGGUUCGACGCUGUCAUCUGCCUCGGGAACUCCUUCGCCCAUCUUUUGGAUGAGUAUGACGACCAGAGGACCCAGAAGAUGUGCCUGGAGAACUUUGCCAAAGUUUUGAAACCUGGUGGCUUGUUGAUUAUCGACCAUAGGAAUUAUGAUGCUAUGAUUGAUAAAGGUUCAACACCCGGACAUUCUAUCUAUUACAAUAGUUCUUAUCCAGUAGACAUCAAGACCUCGGUUCUGGUGGUGCGUGGAAAACCAGAACUGGUUGCUUUGGACUAUUGCAUUUGCCCAACAGAGAACGGCGAUGUAGCAGAGAAGAGGCAAGUUUACUAUUAUUUACUAGUUAAGCUGAAUCCGCAUUGUGCAGCGCCCGAAAUACACAAGAUACAUUAUUACAUUAAACUUAUAUUUUACAGUGAGUUCCGUCUCUGUUAUUACCCUCACAAACUGGACAAAUUCACUCAGAUGUUGGACUUUGCCUUCUCAAAUAAGGCAAAGCACAGUAUAUAUGCCGACUUCAAACCACUAGACCAGGUAAAAGAGCCAGCUUACUACAUUCAUGUGAUGCAGAAGGCAUAG